ACCAAGACUUCCCUCUCCCCAGCAAUACUUUCCAGCUCCUGUUCGGGAAUCCCGAGGCAAUCCCAGACCAGGUGGGAUAUAUAAUCCCUCCAACGAGUUCUGGGCCUUCUCCCAGUUGGACAUGCCGGAACACCUCUACAGGGAGAUGUCCGGGAGGCAUCCUUAUCAGAUGCCCAAACCACCUCAGCACCAGGCAGUGCCAAAAGCAACACGAUGGCAGCUGGAGUGAUCAAGCCACCUCAAGCAGUGGUCCUGAAAGCUGGAGACCUGAACCCAGACGAAGGGAAGAACAUCAAGGAUAAGAUGCAUGCUGGAGGAGGUGAAGAGAAAGAAAUGCUGGCUACAUAUGCGAACAAGGUUGUGCCGCAGGAAAUAAUCAAACAGAUGCAACAGGACCCUCUUCAUCUGAAUCAAGUGGUUUCUCAUUUUAAAAAGCGCUGUGCCUUUGCUUCCUGGAUUAGGGAAAACGUCAACAAAAGGGAAUGUGGCUUCUAUGAGAAGGGUGUCAGUGAGGAUGUCUGUAAGUGCGGCUACUCAAAGACUGAGCAUGUGGACGAAGCCAUCAAGCCUGAGGACUUCACGGGUGAGUCAUGGGACAGACACAGACACAUCUCUGAAGUGCCAACUGAUGCUUUUGGAGACAUCUGCUUUGGUGGUUUGGAGCAGAAGAAAGGCAAGUAUACACGAGUUUCCACAGAUACCAGCCCUGAGAUCCUGUACCAGUUACUAACGGAACAGUGGAAGCUCUCACCUCCUAACCUGCUGAUCUCAGUGACCGGGGGGGCCAAAAACUUUUAUCUAAAGGCUCGUGUCAAGAGCAUGUUCCACAGAGGUCUCAUCAAAGUGGCCCAGACGACAGGUGCAUGGAUCAUCACUGGUGGCACACACGCAGGUGUGAUGAAGCACGUAGGCCAAGCUGUGAGAGACUACGCCCUGAGCGGCUCCAUUAACAGCCAGAUCGUGGCUAUCGGAGUGGCAACGUGGGGAAUCAUUCACAACAGAGACACUUUGGUGCAUCCAGAGGGUUGUUUUCCAGCCCAUUACCCGAUGGACAUCAAGGGCCAGGGCCGACUCUCCUGCCUUGAUAACAACCACACCCACUUCCUGUUGGUGGACGAUGGCACUCAGGGGCGAUACGGCGUGGAGAUUGAGCUGCGGAGCCGUCUGGAGAAAUGCAUUUCAAGAAAGCGUCUUGGAAUCAAAGAGAGUGGAGCGACCAUCCCUGUGGUUUGUGUGGUUUUAGAUGGAGGACCAGGCACUCUGAAUACUAUCUAUAAUGCCAUGCUGUGUGGUACGCCAUGUGUGAUCAUGGAGGGCUCAGGGAGAAUAGCAGACGUGAUUGCCCAGGCAGCAGGACAACCAGUGAGCAGAGUCACUAUCGCCCACAUCCACCAGCUAAUGAAACGUUAUUUUGGCCAAGAGUAUGAAAGCUUCCACAACCACAAGAUCAUAGAGUGGACCAAAAAGAUCCAGGACAUCAUCAGCAUGCCUCACCUGCUGACAGUCUUCAGAAUAAGCGAGGACAGUCAUGGGGAUGUGGAUAUGGCUAUUCUUCAGGCGCUGCUCAAAGCCUCAAGGAUCAGUGAAUCUCUUGGAAUCGAGUGCUGGAAGAGGCAGCUGGAGCUGGCUAUAGCCUGGAACAGAGUGGACAUAGCGGAGAAGGAGAUCUUCACCGAGGAGAGCCAGUGGAAGUCCAGUGAUCUCCACUGGGCAAUGUUCUCAGCCUUGGUGGGCAACAAGCCUCAGUUUGUGAAUCUGCUGCUGGAGAAUGGCAUCAGUCUGAGGGAUUUCCUGCAGGACGAGGAAACCCUGUGCGAGCUCUAUAAACAGAUGCCCGGCUGCUUCUUUCUACGCAAGCUGGCCAAGCGGGUUGACAGGGCUCGCCGCAGCAAGAGGCGGAUGCUGGAAAGAAGGGUUCGAGCUCUCCCAGGGCAGGGAGUAACAAUUUCCAUGACUCAUGUGUCUGAGGAGGUGCGCCACCUGCUGGGUAGCUUCACCCAGCACAUCUACCCUCCAUCAUCAUCGAGGGAGUAUCACUUUAACAUGACUAUGGAGGAUACAUCAGCAUCACUGUCUAAAAGUCAGGCCGGUUCUGUGUCCCCACAUGAUGAACUACAGAGGAACUUUGGCAGGGACCUGUUCCUCUGGGCUGUGGUCCAGGACAACAAGGAGCUGGCUGAAAUUGCCUGGGAGCAGUGCAGAGACUGCAUGUCGGCCGCUCUGGCCGCCACUAAGAUCCUGAAAAAAAUGGCUGAGGAGGGGAGUGAUGCAGACGAGGCAGAGGUCAUGAAAGAGCUGGCCAAUUACUAUGAGAAACAAGCCAUAGGUGUGUUCAGCGAGUGCAACAACAAUGAUGAAGAGCGGGCUCAGAAGUUGUUGGUUCGUGCAUCACCGUACUGGGGAAGGACGACAUGCUUGAGGCUGGCCCUGGAGGCUGACGAUAAGAGCUUUGUAGCUCAGUCAGGUGUUCAGGCUCUUCUGACUCAGAUCUGGUGUGGUGAGCUUUCAGUGGUCAACCCUGUGUGGAGAGUGCUGGUCUGCAUGAUCUUCUUCCCUCUCAUCUACACUCGGUUUCUGGUUUUCAGACGUGAUGAAGUAAUUCAGAGAGAGACUGAGAAGAACGAGGAGAUCAAGACAGUGGAGAACGUGACGGGAAGUGUACUGAGAACAAAUUCUCGUCGACUUGAUAUAGCCAGACUGCAGCGGCUGAAGAUCCUGGGCAGCUGGUCUAAACUGUUCUGCCUGUACAGCGCUCCCCAGGUCAAGUUUUACUGGAACAUCGUGUCUUAUUUUGCCUUCCUCUUCCUGUUCGCUGUGGUGCUGAUGAUAGACUUCCAGGCCACGCCCUCUCCUGCUGAGCUGCUGCUUUAUAUCUGGUUGCUGUCUCUUGUGUUUGAAGAGGUCAGGCAGCUCUUUCAUGAUCCUGACGGAUUUGGGUUUCGUAAAAAAGCCAGGAUGUACAUAAAUGAUGUGUGGAAUAUUCUAGACGUCCUGUCCAUCCUCCUCUUCAUUAUUGGCCUUGUAAUGAGGCUGAGCACUCCACUCUUCUAUGCGGGUAAAGUCAUCCUCUGUGUUGACUUUGUGGUGUUCUGCCUUCGUCUCAUGGCCAUCUUCACCAUCAGCAGAACACUGGGACCCAAAAUUAUCAUAGUGAAGAGGAUGAUGAUGGAUAUGUUCUUCUUCAUGUUCCUGCUGAGUAUCUGGGUGGUGGCGUACGGUGUGGCCAAACAAGGCAUCCUAAUCGACAAUGACAGUCGGCUGGACUGGAUCGUUCGUGGUGCAGUUUAUGAGCCAUACCUGAUCAUUUUUGGGAAUUUUCCAACUAAUAUUGACUAUGCUGCGUUUGAUAUGGACUCUUGCAGCAUGAAUGGCACAGAUCCACUGAAGCCAAAGUGUCCCGUCUUGAAUGAAAACCAAAUGCCAGCCUUCCCUGAGUGGCUCACCAUCAUCAUGCUUUGUAUUUACCUGCUAUUUGCCAACAUACUGCUGCUCAACCUGCUCAUAGCUAUCUUCAACUUUACAUUCCAGGAAGUUCAGGACAACACAGACACAAUCUGGAAGUUUCAAAGAUAUGAGCUGAUUAAAGAGUACCACAGCCGACCUGCUGCUCCUCCUCCUUUUAUUAUCUUCAGCCACCUCUACCUCUUCAUCAGGCUCCUCUUGUUACGCAGGCCCCCCAUCAUAUGCAAAGAGUUUAAGAAUGAGCUCCCUCAGGUAGAGGAAGAGGAGCUGUUGUCCUGGGAGGCCUUGAUGAAGGACAGAUACCUACUUUCCACAAAGCAGGAACAGAGCCAGAGCAUGGAGCGACGCAUCUUGGACACUGCUCAAAAGGUUACAACCAUGAACGAACGACUUGAGAGGGAAGAGGAGACUAGCUCUGCUGCCAUGACGACCAGACUGGCUCGACUAGAGGAGCAGGUCGCCCAGUCAGCCAAAGCCCUGCAGUGGAUUAUGGACAGUCUGAAAUCUCAGGGUUUUGGAUCCAAAGAAGUGCCAUCACUCAUAUCGACUGCAGCAGACGAGCCCCCUGACACUUUUAAAAACACGUCAGAAAAAGAGGACAGGUUCCACGUGAACGCUCGACAGUUCCACUACCCAAACAGCAAAAUCACACGUUUCCCUGUGCCUGAGGAGAAGGUGCCAUGGGAGGUCGGCUUCAGCUCAUAUAUGCCGACUUAUCACACCUCUGAAGAGAGCGGGGACAACGUGGAUGGAUCAGAACCAGAAGCCACAGAUAAUUACAGAAACCCAGGAGGGAGGACUGGUGUCAGAGGACGAGGUGCACUCAGACACCUCGGUCCAAAUCUGAAUAUAGACCUGGUGCUGACACGCUGGCGUGACAGUGGAAGAUCUGUUCUGGAGUACCUAGCAGUUUGGGACGACCGUGGGACUUUAACUUUACCUGGGGGCCCCAUCCAAUCAGCGAAUAAGUUGCCAGUGACUCUAAAGAGAACAUUGGGAAAGACAUUAUAUGAAAAACUGUCUGAAAAAGUCUCAGAAGGAACAAAGGUAUCUGAGGGUUAUGUGGAUGACUGCAGGAACACAGAUAACGCCUGGGUGGAAACAACUGUGUUGAACAUUCACCUGAUCAGAGCGAGUGAGGUUUUGUUAGAUGUCAAUAACAUGGUGGUAAGCAGCCCCGGGGCGCUGCAGUGGCAGGAGGUGAGCGGCAAAGCCAUGCUGGCCUCAAACCAAAGAGACUCUCUGCAGCAGGUGGCUGAGCUGCACAACAGCAAGUUCUGAUGCUCACACCGCUGCAGCUGUAAAUGUGCCUCUCGGUCCACAGGUUUCCCCCUGCCGGUUCGUGUGGCUGACUUAGUUCGAUUCUGUUGCACUGAACGCACAUCAGAAAAAUAAGACUGAAAACAAGACACUUGAAAGCCAUUAAUGUAUGCUGCUGUGCAUCAUUUUGCACACAAGUCGUAGGAGAGAAAUCGACUGUUUAGCCUGUUAAACUCACUCACUGUUCUUUUCACUUCAUUCAUGUGUUAGACUUUGUGUCCACUCAUAAGGAACACUUCACUGGUGCUUUAUCACAUUUUGAAGCAGUUGCAUUUCCCAGGGAACCUCAGUUUAUUGCUACUUCAUACUACUGCAUUCAUUUCAUUGGCAAAUUUACUUUUACUACACUACAUUUAGAUAGAAAUAUAGUUUGUACUUAUAUUUAGUGUUUCCAAAUAUUAAUAACGUUUAUGAAAUGAUGCACUGUUAGACAUUAACUCUGUGAAAAAGCCAGUCUUGUGUGACUGCAGUAUCAAAAUGCUCUAAACAGGGUAAAGCAUUAAUAAUAGAAUUAAAUUAUAUAUAGUAGCAAUAAAAACGUAUGAAAGGGACAGCAAUGUAUAAUGACUUUAUAGUUUAGUUUAGUUAUUAUUCAUCGUGUCGUGCACCAUAAAGGUGCCCAGCCCAUAUGGACUUACAAGACUCUACAAAAACAAAACAAAAUA